AUGACUUCGUGCACAAGGAAGUGCCGGCGCUCCGCGGUGGAAACUUCGGAUGCUGCCAGUGCCAUGCCGGCGCCCUCUUCUCUCUCUCCAUGGGCGUCGAUCCUUCCUGGAGAUUUGCUUCGCCUGAUAGCGGGGCUUGUUUUGGAGGGCGAUUUCCUGGAUUACGUUCGCUUCCGCGCCGUCUGCACCGGUUGGCGGUCCGGCACCCUCUGUCCGCACGGCCGCGGCAUCACCAAUCUGCGCUUCCACCCACGCCGCUGGAUGAUGCUCACCGAGGGUCACGGCCUCUACCCCGGCCAUGGCAAACUGGGUGGGUACGUCCGCUUCUUCAACCUCUAUACGGGAACCUUCGUCCGUGUCAAGCUCCCGUUGUUCAGGAACCACUGUGCGCUUGAUAGUGUCGACGGCCUGCUCAUACUACAAAGGGACGAAGACACAACCAUCCAUGUCCUCCAUCCUUUUACUGGCGACAUUGCCGAGCUCCCACCACUAGCCACCCUCCUCAAUCAGCUGGGUGGCAAUCUCAACGGAGCACCUGAGAGUACCAGGUGGUUCUUCAUCAGAAACACUAUAUGUGCUUCAGUCUCCUGCAAUGCCGGAAUCACCACGGUCAUGCUUGCGUUCCAUAAUUUGUCUCGUGUAGCCUUCGCUACCUCUCAGGACCGGCAUUGGACUAUGACAAGCUGGAAAGUCCCACAUAACGUUCGACCAUUGUCAUUCAGCGGCAAGCUGUACGUUGUGCAUAACCCCACUCCCACGCUUGAUGCUACAUCACAAGUUCUCCAGAUAGAUCACCCCCUGCAGGAUGAGAUUGGCUUAGGCUCUCGGGAGCCGCCACCACCAAGGUUAGUCGCCACAUGCCCGCCAGAUGUUCUCCGCUACCCCCUCUAUCUGGUAGAAUGUGACUCGGAGAUCUUGGUGGUUGGUCAUAGCGACAGUUCCUUUUCUCACAUUUUAGUACACAAACUAGCGGAUCUUAUCUUGGGAAGGUUUAUCCCUGUAACAAGCAUUGGAGACCGUGCCCUUUUCGUCGAACAAAGGUCUCUGAGUGUCUCCACUAAGUCGUUACCUACCAUCAUGGCUGAAACUGUCAUUUACACACAUCCAAGAACACAUGAUUUUGCACAAUUUCAGCUUGGUACUGGCAUUUGGUCUCGGCCCAUCGACGAAUUGGGGCUUGAUGGCUUUGCCCCGGGUCCUUGUAGCCUCAUCCACCAUGUCCUGAGCUGCUGCAUUCGCAACGUCUGGAACAAAGGACUGAUAUAUUCUACAAAGGAAUAUAAGAAGCCUGGAUGGCUUGUUUGGAAGGUCAAAAGAAAGUUUCGCAGUGGGUCCUGAAGGACCCUUCUUGCGUGGAGAUGCUACCUGGUUGCACGAAAAUUCCCCUGCAUCAUCCGAGAUCCUUACCACCAUGAACUAGAGAGGCUACUCAGGAUACUAGCUCGAUCCUUCUGCACUGUGCUGUUAUGUCAUGGUCUGCAACUCUACACUGAGCUGUUGA